AUGAGUGAACGGGAAGCACCAGAGAAUACCGAUGCCGAGUUGGAAGCUUUCAGACGACAAUGGCAAGCAGAGGUCCAGUCAAGGAACAGCCAACAGUCCAGAGAAGCAGCUCCUUCGACUCGUCCGCGCAGGAAUCCUCCUCCCUCGUCUUCUGCCCCGAAGCCUAAGCCGCAACAACAAAGACAUCAUGACCAAGACGCCGAAGAGGAAGCUGCACCCCAGGUCUACUACGACUUGCCAGACAAGGAGGCCGAAUUGAAGUUGGAUGCCCACGAACAAGCUCUUGCCAGAGGGCACUUGACAAAAGAGCCAGAGUCUGCCUUGGAACACUAUGAAAAGGCUGUAGAGAAGGAGACCAUGGGCAGUCUGGGUGAUAGUGUCGCUCUCUACCGGACGGCCUUCAAGAUGGAUGAUCGUGUCCACGAGAAAUACAAGAACAAGCACUUCCCUCCUUCGGCCUUUCCACCCAAGCCGAAGCCUGUCGUCCACCAACAACAACCAAACCCGUCGAAUGCUUCACAGACUGUUCCAGGCACUGCACAUCACUCGUCCCACGGACUGCCACCGACUCUUUCUGAGCUGGUGGACCAAUUCUCCCAACUCUCAAUCCCUGGUGCUCCAGCUCCCACAGAUCUCGAUGCUCCUCCGCCUUGCCCUAUCGCUGAACUUCCUGGCGAGAUUCUGUCUGAGAUAUUGACGUGGACUGCCGUCAACGAUUUGGCCUCCCUGUCUAAGCUGUCUCUGGUCUGUAAGAGAUUCGCAUACCUCGUCAUGACAGAUGAGUCUAUCUGGAAACGCGUCGCUCUAGGCCCAGAGUUUGGUUUCGCAGGCAUGCAUUACAACUACGCCUGCAACAUCAAGGGCGAGCCUGUAGAGCCCGAUUUCGAAGACGAUGCAGCCUACCUCUCUGAGGGACAAGAUCAGGACGCUGAAGAAACACAACUCGCUCCUCUUCCACGCCCCUCAAAAACAACCCUUGAAAUCGACAAUAAACUCCUCCACUCCUUGUAUGCGUCCUCCUGGCGCCAGAUGUUCCGCUCACGCCCUCGAUUACGAUUUAAUGGUUGCUACAUCAGUACAGUCAACUACCAACGCCCUGGUGCCACAAACACCUCCUCGUCAACGUGGGGCACGCCAAUCCUCAUCGUGACAUACUUCCGCUACCUCCGCUUCUUCAGAGAUGGCAGUUGUAUAUCUCUCCUCACCACCACCGAGCCCAUCGAUGUCGUCCAUCACCUCACCAAGGAGAACAUGCGCUCUUACGCCAGUGGAUCCCUUCUCCCCAAUAGCGUCAUGAAGGACGCACUCCGUGGGCGAUGGCGACUUUCCGGUCCUGGUGACGGCACUUCUUCACAAGAAGCCGAGGGAGAUGUGCAUGUCGAGACUGACGGUGUUAUCCCCAAGUACAUGUGGAAGAUGCAAUUCGGUCUCGGAAGCAGAGGCAAGAAGUCGGCUGGUAACAACAAAUUGACUUGGAAGGGCUUUUGGAGUUACAACAGACUCACAGACGAUUGGGGUGAAUUCGGUCUGAAGAACGACAAAGCGUUCUACUUUAGUCGCGUCAGAAGUUAUGGAAUGGGCUAUUAG